AUGUCCAACUAUCCAGAAGAUCAGCAGGAGUCAAUGGAAAACGAACAUUUGGAAGAAGAGUUCAUCUCAAACCAAGAAGUGGAUGAAGAGUUGUUGAUCGACGACGGCGACAACGAUGGCGACAUUCCAGUAGAGGAUGACGACGAUGAGUACGACAAUGAUCAGGUAGACGGUGAACUUGACAACGGAGCAAACGGAGCAGACGGUGGAGAAGGAGAGGAAACGCUGGAAAUCGAUAUGUCCAACAACUCAAUGGCCUACUUCGACAAACACACCGAUUCUGUGUUCACGGUAUUCACGCAUCCAACUCUUCCGCUGGUGUGUAGUGGUGGCGGUGAUAACACUGCGUUUUUAUGGACAUCGCACUCCCAGCCUCCGAAGUUUGCAGGCUCCAUAGCUCAUUCUGAGUCUGUAAUUGGCGGUGGAUUCACAUCAGAUGGCCAGUUUCUGGUCACUGGUGACAUGAACGGUCAAGUUUUGGUACAAAAGUCCGCUAACGGCGGUGCCAAAUGGAAAGAAAGCGCAAGACUCCAGGAAGUAGAGGAAGUUGUGUGGAUUAAAGUCCAUCCCACAGUUCCUGGCGUUUUUGCCUUCGGUUCCACAGACGGCUCCGUUUGGUGCUACCAGAUAGAUUCCCAGACGGGCCAGCUCGAACAAAUAAUGAGUCAGUUUGUCCACCAAUCGGACUGCACGAUGGGGGAGUUCAUAAAUAUCGAGCAAGGCGACUCGAAUCUGUCCCUGGUAACGUGCUCCAUCGACGGUACUAUAAUCGGAUGGUCAUGCUACACCAGCCAGAUGCUGUUCAAAGUUUCGAAAAGUGAUGUCAAGGGUAUUGAGGCUCCUUGGGUUUCGCUGUCGAUCGCUCCCAUUUCCAUGACCAAAAACACCCCUGUCAUCGCGUGCGGGGCCAACAACGGAAUCUUGGCGAUCAUCAAUUGCAACAAUGGUGCCGUUUUACAAUUGAGCACAGUUAUUGAACUCAAGGAAGAUCAAGAGGAGAUGGAUGCAUCGAUAGAAUCCAUCGCUUGGUCUCCAAAGCUUUCACUAAUGGCUAUAGGUCUGGUUUGCGGAGAGGUUCUGCUCUACGAUACGCUGACUUGGAGAGUAAGGCAUAAAUUCGUGCUGCCAGAUUCCAUAACAAAGCUUCAAUUUGAUGGGCCUACUGGCUACACUUUGAUAGUGGCAAGCAUAGACGGGAAAGUUUACAUAUUCGAUGCUAGAACCGGGUCCGAGAUUCAUAAGUGCGUCGGCCACAACAUGGGCGUCUUGGAUUUUGCAUUGAUUGAGAACGGGAAAAAGCUGAUAACCGCUGGCGAUGAAGGUGUAUCAUUGAUAUUUCAAUUGCCAUAA